CUCCUGGUCGGCAAUCUCCUCCUCCACGCCGAAUACCGGAGACGGUGGAAGGCCGUCCGCGAAGUCCGCAACAUACACGUCCAGCUGCUCCAGGCCCAAACGUGGUUUCAGGAUCACAACCUCCGGGCCCGCCCCGCCGCGCUAGCGACCUGGCUCGACUUCCUCCACUGCCUGGUCCUCCGACAGUUCGACCUCGAUGUCUGGCAGGAGGUGCACGAGCAGAACAGAAAGUACGAAGAGCUCACGCCGACGGCCGCCACCACGUUGGCGGCGGGGAACCCACCCACCUUUUGCUGGGACAGCAUGUCCAGCCUGUUUUUCGACCGCGGGAUCGGCGACGACCAAAACCCCUGCGGCCCCCACAUCGUCGUCGGAAACAAAUCCGCCAUUACCACGCCGGUCGGCCUCAUCGAGUUCCUGUUCGAGUGGCGAGACAAAAAGCAGCGCUCCGGCUGGUCGGCCAACAACUACCGCGUCGCGACCCAGCGGAUAUUCCUCAUGAUCAGCCAUUUCCUCGGGGAGGAAGCGGCACACGAAUGGUUCCAAGACCUGCUGCAGCUGGUCCUCGUGACCCGAUGGAUCCUUCCCUACCCUGGCCCGCAGUCCAUCUUCGCUUUCACCAAGUCGCACCUGGCACGAGGCCUCACGAGGCGAGUGAUGUGGUUCUCCACGAUGGUGUCCCCGUACGAGACCCAGCAGCUACGGGACGACCACAGGACGAGAAGGCGGCUGACCGGGGACUAUCUCCCAUCGCCGUACGAUGAGGGCGAGCAUGCGGCGUUCCGGCAUACGUAUCUCCAGGACUGCCUAUGCGCAUCGGACCCCAUCUUCCGGCAACAGGGAGAAGGACGAGCGCCUACCUGGUCGGUGCAGCAGCUGCUCAAGGCGGUGAGCGAGAUGGAGG